AUGUCAACAGAACCUAUAGAAACGCUAUUUGGCUUUCCGAAAUACCCGCCAUUUCGACUAAACCAACCACGCUUUCCUCAAGAAACGUUUUUGGGAAGGUACCUUCACUAUUUGGAUGUUAUUGAUCCUAGUACUCUGUUUGUAUCAGAGAAACGUCUUCGUGAAUGUGUUCAACUGUUGAACGAUUUCAAAAUGGGAAAGGCGACGGCUUCGGACAAAACGCUAUGGAGAGCCCAGCAGAUAAAACAAGCUAUAUUGCAUCCGGACACUGGCGAAAAAGUCCUACCUCCUUUUCGGAUGAGCGGAUUUGUUCCUUUUGGCUGGAUCACUGUAAGAGCCAAUUCUCUUUGA